AUGCAAAAUGUCAUGUUUUUUGCCACUGGAUCAUGUGUGUCACUGGUGCAAGUGACGUCAGGUGAGUCAGCUCCUCAAGAAGGAGUCUUCAAGGGGUUGCAAAUCUCCAAGAAUUUGCUUGGCAUCUGGAUCCUUGUCCUCUCCUUGAGUUCUAGACCCCUAAGCGUUUGAUAACUAGCCCAAGUACAAUGUGUGUGCCAAUUUUAUCAAAAAUCUAAGCAUUGCACUUCAAAUAUUUUCCUAUGGAACAAAAGCUCUUGAGUUCUAGGCUCCUAAUUUUCCUCCUAUUACCUCCUGAAGGCUGUUGUAAUCGACUUUUGUCCGUCCACUAAAUAAAUUCUGGAGCAGUCAAACCCUGCCUCCUUGGACCUGUAUAGAGAUAUGGCCUUUUGGUUAAGUAUAGCUGCAAACCUGGACCGGCCCAAACAUCUAGCCGCGGGCCUAAAAACUUGGGAAAUCCAUAAAGUUUUAUUCAGACUUUUAGCGACUUUAUAAAAAAAUUGAAAUAUUUUUUAGUUCGAAUACAAUAAAUCGGGGUCCAGACUGCGUGGUAUAAUUCAUUUUAUAGACAUUUUGACCUUAUAAAACGAUCCGUCUGACCCUAUUUUAGCGUCCGAAGUCUAGAUCAGAAAAUGAAUUUGAUAAUCCAUUGGAAUUUUGGGUUCAUGAAAGCAGCGACUGCUCCGGAUUUGAAUAAUGAGACCAUAUUGCAAAACCCUCGCUGCUGAGCGUAUUUAAAAAUGACCUUCGCUCCAUCAGAGCGAUCAGUUUAUAUUAUUAUAUUGCUAUUUCGAAGUUUCAAUUAUUUUUGAGCAGUAAAUUCGUAUUUUAGCCGCGAUGUUGAAUCCAGACGCACCCACGGACAAUGUGGUCUACAUGGACGAGAAGACCCUGCGUCGGACUUCGAUUGCUACAGUCGAAAAGUUCACGACCUUCCCGAAGGAGGAGCGAUUCGUUUUUUGGCGAGUUUUUGAUAGCAGCUUUAGGUUUCAUCACGGCGACAUGUUAUACGAUGAAAAAAGUUUUUUGGCGGAGGAGACAUGUAUUUUUCAUCGUAUAAAAUGUUACAGUCAUUGUAACGCCUGAAAAUUGUCAAACCUUUCGGUAACGUAUUUUACAAUCGAUUUUCCCUUUUUUGCUCAGAGUGGUGACAUUUUAUACGAUGAAAGUUUUUUGUGCGGAGCCUUUAUUUUUCGAUCGUAAAUGUCAUCAAAAAAUUUUUUGGUUGUCGUAAUAUGACGUUUCUAGUAUGAGGUUGAAGUUUGAAGUCAAAAGAUACAUCUUUGUUAUAUGAGACAUCAAAAUUUUUAUCUGCGAUGUCAAUUGAUGGAUAAAACAAAUUUUCCCAUAUUGUUCGGCAAAUUAAGUUUAUUUUUCUCAUGCCAACAAUUUUCAGGCACAAAACCCGUCUUCUAAUACUGGCUUUGGUCACCAUCGGUCUGACAAUAUGCGUUUCAAAUGCGAUGAUCUUCAAUUUCACCGUGAUCUGCAUGAAUAAAGAUGCUGUCGGUGGAAAUAGCAGCUUCUUUGUUGGUAAGAAAAUUAACAAAAAGUUUUAUUGCCAUGGGUUGCAACACGUAUUUUACAAUCUAUAAAGCUUAAUUUACCGAUUCUAAGAAAGGGUAAUUAACUUGUUCCAGAAGCAGUUCCAAUGUUCUCAGACGCCGAGCGGAGUUGGCUACUCUCUAUGGUGGCCGUGGGCACAAUUCUUGGCACCCUGCCCAUCACUUAUAUUGUGUCCAAAAUUGGUAUUCGGUAAGUCAAACCACACCUCCAAAAUUCCUGUUCAGUCAAAUGUUCACUCUCUACGGCCUCAUCUCCGCGUUUUCGGUCUUGAUUUUCCCGUUGGCCGUUAGUUUUGGCUAUUGGCCGACUCUUUUUAUCCGGAUGGUACAAGGUGUUGCACUGACUGCCUCGUGGUCUGUAUUCGGCGCAGUGAUUGCGGAAUGGGCUGAGCUUAACAGAAGUGGAACAGCAGUCGCAUAUCUGUCGUGUCAUCUGCAGCUGGCCCCAAUGUUCACCAUGCCAGUUUCGGCCGCACUGUGCGAAAGUUCGGCCGGAUGGAGCUGGGCAUACUACUUGCAUGGAAUCUUUACGAUUCUUAUUUUUGCAGUGUUUUAUUGGUUCUACCGAGACUCUCCGGCUUUACACCCGUAAGUUUGGGUUUAGCGACAUUUUAUACGAAAGGGGUAUUUUUCGUAUAAAAUGUCACCUUGAUGAUUGUUCGAUUUUUUGUUGUAAUAUGGUGUGAAAAUUAAUAUAUGAAAUAUUGUGAUUUUCAGCAACGUUUCCGACAAAGAAUUGAAAAUAAUCCAGGAGGGAAAAGUGAUUCGAAUCCACGAAGCCGGCCAAUUUGAGCCAGUCCCAUACAAAGCGAUAUUCACUGAUAAAUGCACUCUCGGAAUUAUGGGCACCGCCUUGAGCAAUAUUAUUGCUUUCAGACUCUUCUUCCAGUAUGGCCCCAUCUAUCUGAAUGAGGUAAAGUAAUAUCAUGUCAAAAAAAAUAUUCUAAAUUUUUUAAGAAACCUUUGGAGUUCAUGCUCCGCUAGUUUUCGUAGACGUAUUUUACAAUUUCAAUUUCCAGAUUCUCCAUUUUGAUGUCCAAGGAACGGGUUUCGCGGCCGCCCUGCCAUUCCUGUUGUCGCUGCUUGGCAAAUUUGUUGGUGGGCCCAUCAGUGACACCCUACCCGGCCUCACCGACAAGCAACGUGUUAUCGCGUUCGCCUCGUUCUCUCAGUUCUUGUUGGCCGCGGCUUACUUUGGAUUGGCUUUUAUGCCCGAAGGCGCCGUUGGACUAGGCCAAUUUUGUUACACCGCAGUCAUUGCGCUGAGUGGAUUGGACACUGUCAGUGUGCUAAAGAGCUUACAGUUGGUAAGGAACAAGUAUUUUGUGGUCGGAGACAUUUUAUACGAUCAAAUAUUUUUGACUGAAUUUAUCGUAUAAAAUGUCACCCUAGUGUAAAAUAACGUAAUUAAAGACUGAGUAAAUAAGAUUAAGCGUCUUUUUAGACCUCAGGUCGGUUUGUCCAUGUUUUAAUGUCCGUCAACUCACUGAACGAAAGUUUGACACUUUUUGGACUGGCUGCAGCCGUUUCAAUCUUUGUGCCAACGAAUACCAGUGAAGAGGUAAGUCACUCAUAUUUUAAUUAGCAAAAAAUAGGUAGGGUAGACUGUUCUCUACAGAUUUUUUACUCGAAAUUUGUGGUUUACAAACCCAAAAUACGAAGUUUUCAGUGGUCUCGAGUGUUCAUUUUCAUGGGCGCAAUGAUGACUAUUUUCACCAUCAUUUUCGACUUCACAACCGAAGUGUCACUUCGUCCGUGGGCAGCACAGACCAGCAAGAUCAGUCCAGAGGCCAAAUUUGAAAUCCCGGCCGAACGCUUGGCCAAUCUCCAACAAGUUGAGAGAGUCAUCAACGAUCGCCGAAUCUCGAUCCAAAGCCAUCAAAGCAGCUUGCCAAUGGGAAGCAGACAGCCUUCUAUCUUGUCUCUGACAAGAAUCCGAUAA